GUGGCGCGCUGAGGGAAGCGCCGGGACCGCCGGGUCCGGAUCCCGGUCUCGGUCCCGGUUCCCCUCGGCCCAUCCUGGUUCCCCCAUCCCGGCCGCGCCAUGGAUUGUUACACGGCCAACUGGAACCCGCUGGGCGAGGAGACCUUCUACCGGAAGCUGGAGCUCUACUCCAUGGAAUGGGGGCUGCGGGAGGAUCUCCGUGACUGUGUGGUGGCAGCUGCCCCGUAUGGGGGUCCCAUAGCUCUGCUGAGGAAUUCCCGGCGGGACAAGACCCCCAGCGCCCGCCCGCUCCUGGAGAUCUACUCGGCCUCAGGGCUGCUCCUGGCCAGUGUCCCGUGGAAGAGCGGCCCCCUGGUGCACCUGGGCUGGACGGCGGGGGAGGACCUGCUGUGCAUCCAGGAGGACGGCACCGUCCUGGUCUACAACCUCUUCUGCGAGUUCAAGCGGCACUUCAGCAUGGGAAACGAGGUGCUGCAGAACCACGUGCUGGAGGCGCAGGUGUUCCACACGGAGUUCGGCACGGGCGUGGCCAUCCUGACGGGAGCGCUGCGCUUCUCCCUCGCCACCAACAUCGACGACCUCAAGCUGCGGCGCCUGCCCGAGGUCCCUGGGCUGCAGAAGGCCCCGCCGUGCUGGACCGUGCUGGCCCAGGACAGGGUGACCAUGGUGCUGCUGGCCAUGGGACAGGAGCUCUUCCUGCUGGACAACACCUCCUGCUCCGUGCUGACGCCCCCCGGGCUGAGCCCCUCGGCGGGGCCGUUCCUGCGCGUGGCCGUGUCCUUCACGCAGCGGCUGCUGGCGCUGUUCUGCGACUCCGGCUGCGUCUGGAUGGGAGCGGCCUCGCUCAAGGAGAAGUUCUGCGAGUUCAACACCGGCAUCCGAACCCCGCCCAAGCAGAUGGUUUGGUGCACGCGGCCCCGCAGCCGGCAGCGCGCCGUGGUGCUGGCCUGGGAGCGGCAGCUCAUGGUGGUGGGCAACUCCUCGGAGUGCAUCCGCUUUGUCCUGGAUGAGGAUUCCUACCUGGUGCCCGAGCUGGACGGGGUCAGGAUCCUGUCCCGCAGCACCCACGAGUUCCUGCACGAGAUCCCCGAGGCCAGCCAGGAGAUUUUCCGCAUCGCCUCCAUGGCGCCGGGCGCUCUGCUGCUGGAGGCUCAGAAGGAGUACGAGAAGGAGAGCCAGAAGGCCGACGAGUACCUGCGGGAGAUCCGCGAGCAGCAGCUGCUCCCCGAGGCCGUGGGCCAGUGCAUCGAGGCUGCGGGCUACGAGCACGAGCCCGAGACCCAGAAAUCCCUGCUGAGGGCAGCUUCCUUUGGGAAGUGUUUCCUGGAUAAGUUCCCUCCGGAGGGGUUCGUGCGCAUGUGCCAGGACCUGCGGGUGCUCAACGCCGUCAGGGAUUACCAGAUCGGGAUCCCGCUCACCUUCACCCAAUACAAGCAGCUCACCAUCGAGGUGCUGCUGGACAGGCUGGUGCUGCGCCGCCUGUACCCGCUGGCCAUCCGCGUCUGCGAGUUCCUGCGCCUGCCCGAGAUGCAGGGCGUCAGCCGCAUCCUGGCACACUGGGCCUGCUACAAGGUGCAGCAGAAGGACAAGUCGGACGAGGAGGUGGCCCAGGCCAUCAACCAGAAGCUGGGGGACGCCGCGGGCAUCUCCUACUCGGACAUCGCCACGCGCGCCUACGACUGCGGCCGCGCCGAGCUGGCCAUCAAGCUGCUGGAGUACGAGCCCCGGAGCGGGGAGCAGGUGCCGCUGCUGCUGAAGAUGAAACGGAGCAAACUGGCCCUGGGCAAAGCCAUCGAGAGCGGGGACACCGACCUGGUGUACACCGUCGUGCUGCACCUCAAGAACGAGCUCAACCGCGGCUCCUUCUUCAUGACCCUGCAGAACCAGCCCGUGGCCCUGAGCCUGUACCGCCAGUUCUGCCGGCACCAGGAGCGGGAGACGCUGAAGGAUUUGUACAACCAGGACGACAACCACCAGGAGCUGGGCAACCUGCACGUGCUGGGGGGGUACGGCCAGAAGCGGAUCGAGGGCCGCGUGGCCGCCCUGCAGAACGCCCUGGAUGAGUUCUACAAGGCCAAGAACGACUUUGCUGCCAAGGCCACCGAGGAGCAGAUCAAGCUGCUGCGGCUGCAGCGGCACCUGCAGGAGGAGCUGGACAAGCCCUACCUGGACCUGUCCCUGCACGACACCGUGGCCACCCUCAUCCUGGACGGGCACCACAAGCGCGCCGAGCAGCUCUACCGGGACUUCAGGAUCCCCGACAAGAGGUACUGGUGGCUGAAGAUCAACGCCCUGGCCACCCGCGGGGACUGGGAGGAGAUGGAGAAGUUCUCCAAGAGCAAGAAGUCGCCCAUUGGGUACCUGCCCUUCGUGGAGGUGGCGGUGAAGCACCACAACCGCUACGAGGCCAAGAAAUACGCGCCGCGAGUGCCGCCCGAGCAGCGCGUCAAGGCCUUCGUCCUCGUGGGGGACCUGGAGCAGGCGGCCGAGGCGGGCCGUGGAGCGCAAGAACGAGGCCGAGAUGAGCCUGGUGCUGUCCCGCUGCUCCCCCGGCACCGACGGCGCCCUGGCUGAGAGGCUGAACCGCGCCCGGGCACAGCUCCUCAAAAAGUGACGCUGGGGACACGCCGGGGACAGCCCGGGGACACCACCAGGACACUGCAGGGACACGCCAGGGACAGCACAGAGACACCACAGGACACGCCAGGGAGAGCACCAGGGACACCACAGGGACACCGCAGAGACACCCCCAUGGAUUCCCCCCAGGACACCCCCGUUGACGCCCCCAUGGACACUAUGGGGAUAUUCCAUGGAUACCCCAGGGACACCUCAUGGACACCCCGGGGACACUGCAUGGACACCCCAAGGACACCCCCAGGGACACACUGCAGGGACACCGCAGGGAUACUCCAUGGACACCCUGGGGAUACCCCCAUGGACACCCUGGGGACACACCAGGGACAGUCCAUGGACACCCUGGGGACACCCCAUGGACACCCCAAUGACACCCCCAUGGACACCCCCAUGGACAUCCUGGGGACACCACCAGGGACAGCCCAGGGACACCCCAAGAACAGCCCAUGGACACCCCAGGGACACUGCAGGGAUGCCCCAAGGACACCCCAGGGACACCCCAUGGAUAUCCCGGGGACACCCCCAUGGACAGCCCACGGACACCCUGGGGACACCCUGGGGACACUCCAUGGACAAUGCCAGGGAUACCCCAUGGACACCCUGGGGACACCCCAGAGACACCCUAUGGGCACCUUGGGGACACCCCAGGGACACCCCAUGGACACCCUGGGGACACCACCAGGGAUGCCACCAGGGCACCCCAAGGACACCCCAGGGCUACCCCAUGGACACCCCCAAGGACACCCUGGGGACACUCCAAGGACACCCCCAGCCCCCCUGGUGUGUCCCUGUCCCCUGGCAGCUGCUCCCGGCCGUGUCCCCUGCUGGAUGGGUGGCAGAGGUGGCGCCGCUGGGGACAGCAGGGUCCCCUCCCUGCCUGUUCAAUAAAGAGAAGAGCUCUG